AUGCAACUUUCCCGGGGAGCCGAACGGGAGAAAGGGAGCCGGGCGAGGGGAGGAGGGAAGCGACCCGGACGGGAGGCGCGAGUCCGGGCUGGCUGGACGGGGGCGAGGCGGAGGCGAGGGGGCAGCACGGAAGCGCGGCGGCCGGCAGUGGGAGCGAGGGCGAGGGGGGACCUGCCGGCCCCCCCCUCCGACCCGGGCCGCGGCCCCCGGGAGCCACGGGCAGUGCCCGGCGCGUCCGUGCGCCCCGGGGACCGCGGGCCGGCGGCACGGUGCGCGCUGCGAGCGCGAGCGGGAGCGCUCCCGGGGCUGUGCGGGCCGGCCGCCGGCGCGCCGGGCUGCGGGAGGCGUCCUGACGCAUCAGGUGCAGAGCCGGGCACCCGCCGGGCGCGGCCGGGAGCGCACGCGAGCUCCGGCGCCGCGGCGGGUCCCGCGGAGAGCCGAGCGGGGCCCGGAGCCCUGGCGACCCUGAGCGGCGCCGCCGCCGCCCCUCCCCCCACGCCGGGGGGAUCAAGUCCGACCAGGAAAAAUGCCCACCACGUUUUCCAAAGAGAAACAAAACCCAAGCGGGCCCCGGUCCUGCACCCCGCCGCCCCACGGUCCGCUCUCGGGUCCUCCGCCCCUGGCUCCCCAGCCCGCCGGCGAAGACACACACACACAAGCCGCAACCCCACCCGGCGCCCGCGCGCGGCCCGCGGACCCCGCAGCUCCCACCGGCUCCGGCCCCUCCGCCGGCCCCCGGCCGUACAAAGCCGCCGAGCCCGGCCCUCCGCUCGCGCGCCCGGGCCCGGCAGACCGCUCCGCACGCCGCACCCCGACCGUGGCCCAGGGCGGACGGGCCGGGGAGGGGCUGACAGCCGGGGCGCCCCCUCCCAGCCCGACCCCGACCGGCGGCGGCGCCGACGGCAGCAGCGGGGAGGGCGCUCGCCCCAGAAAACCGGGCGGCGGCCCCGCGGCCGGGCGGGCGCGCCCCUGAGACCUCCCCAGCCCCGGGGCGCCCUGCGCGCGGCUCUCGGGCGGCGCGUCCUCCGCGGCCCCCACUCACCGCGGCCGGGCCGGGCGCGCGUCUCGGGGGUGCGUCCGGGCCGAGGCGGGCGCCGGCCGGGGAACUGUUGCUCUCGGUGUCGCGGCGGCGGCGGCGGCACAAAUCACCGCCGGCUGCGGCGCCUCCGCCGCGUCCCACGUCAACGCCGAGCCCCCUCCCCCGCGAGGCCCCGGCGCCUCUCCAUCUUUAGUGCUGGCGGCCGAGCCGGCUCUCUGCCCACAGCCGCCCCCUUCCCGCCCCGCCCGCGCCGCCCGCCGCGCUCCGGGCUUCGCCUGACACCUAGCUGCCGCCGGGCGCCCGGCCGGGAGCAGGGAGGAGCGGCGCGGCCCCCGCCGCAGCCCCGGGCUCUCCGUGCCCACUGGACGCGGGUUCGCGCGGCGCUGCGGCUCCGGCGCGGAGUUUCGUCCCCGGCCCGGCGCGUGCCACCUCGCCCGCCACGCUUCCCCGGGCUCGGGGCUGCACACCCUGCACCCGACACCGGUCCGCGCCCGGCCUUCGCGCCUCCGGGGGGCGCGCGUCCCGGCGACAAGUCCCCAGGCGCAGAGUUCGCGGGCCCCGUGACCCCGGUGCCGGAGGGGCCGCGGGACCAGCCGUCGGGGGAGACGCCCCGUCUUAGCUGCCGCGAUCCCCGGAGGCCGAGGUGGAGGCCUGAGAAACACUGA